CUUUCGGAAAAAAAUUCGAUGAAAAUUGCAAAGUGAUCAGAAUAUCAGAAAAAUGUUAAAAUGGUCUGUCUCUGCACAGAAAUUGCUACAGGAAUCUGUGAAUAUAUCAAAUGCAAGUCACACUCCUUGCCUUCGCCGAAAAACCAGGCAACAGUGCAAACGUCGUGUCACAAUAGCAAAUAGAGGAGACAUGCCCCAAUUUACUUCAACACCUAUGAUGCAAAGGUCACGCAAUAGUCCACUGCCAUUAACUCCUUUAGCGGACGUUUUCAGCAUUACACCAGAGAAACCUACAUCUCUAAAACUGACUCGAACUCAUUCGACACGCUAUGCGACUACUUUGCCGCGCUUCGAGGAAGAGUAUUCGCCUAGCAACGUAGUGAUGCCUAGUGGACAAGAAUUAGCUUUACGCGGCUUAUUAUUGGAUCCAUUUAUAGCUAAAACGCGAUAUUUAGCUUCACCCGAUUUACGAGAAGAGCAAACAAUUAAAAGCUUAGCCAGCAAGCGUGAACAGACAGACGAAUUCUUAGCAUUGCCCGAAGAAAAAGUUGUGGAGGAGAGUACCGAUUUGAAUUCCUCUAAAAUGAGCGACCACACUUUGGAUAGGCUAAUUGACGCCAUUUUGGAUUCGGCUCGUAAAGAUGAAAAGAAGAAAAAGUCACGUAAAUCAUUUAGUCUCAGAAGGCGGACUCUAUUAAAAAGUCAAACUGAUAUUAACAGUGAAAAGUUGUCAUUGUCGCCCUCGUACACCGCUGGAUAUGAUCCAGCUAAUGAGUUAAGCUUUUCAACAUUGAAAUCGCCAGCGGCGCAUGUGUUGACUUCUUCAUCUCCAUCUCCAUCUCCAUCUCCAACUCCAGUGAAAGCUACUUUCUCCGAAAGAGUUCUCUCUCCGUUGCCUGCAAGCACUAAAAAAGCAAAUCCUUUUCUUGCAGAUACCCAAACGCAGCCUAUACUAAAGCGUCGUAGCGAACCUUAUAAUCUGAGAACAAAUGGUAAAAAGAGGUAUAGAGUAGCCUCACCUAACUACCUCGAGAUAGGAGUUGCUUUACCGUCCAUAUAUGUGUGA